AGAGAACCCCAUCAUUUCAAAUAUGGCGGCAUGAAUGUUUCCUGUCAGAAAAUUAAUCUUGGAAAUUGGUGCACAACUCUACAAAAGACAAAGAACAAGUAAAAUAGCAUCUCUUUCGUUAAAGAACUUGUGAAUACCCAGAACGCCUGACCCUGGGGCAUCCAUCUGCUAAGGGAGACAAAAAGAAAGGGACAUUCCCAUCGGGACACUUGCCUGGGCUCAUAUCUGUUUGUGCCCAAUGUAAACAGUCACCAUGAGCCACCAGGGACAAGUUCAUCAGGAACAUUGGUCCCCAGGGACUGAGGUAGUUGCUCUCUAUAACUUCCAAGGAAACUCCAGUGAAGAUCUGCCUUUUCAGAAGAGAGACACUCUCAGCAUACUACGCUCAACUAGGGAUCCCAAUUGGUACCAAGCAAGACUGAAUGGCUCUGGUAGAGAAGGAAUGAUACCUGCUAACUAUGUGCAAGUACGAGGGGAGGUGAAACUACAUGCUAUGCCAUGGUUCCACGGAAAGAUCCCCCGUGACAAAGCUGAGGAAUUAUUACAACCAAGAUCAGAUGGACUAUUUCUUGUGCGUGAAAGCACAAAUUAUCCUGGAGAUUAUACACUAUGUGUCUGUUUUGGAGAUAAAGUGGAACAUUACCACAUAGAGUUUAAAAAUGGUAGACUGACAAUAGAUGAUGAAGAAUUUUUUGAUAAUUUAACAGAAUUAGUUGAGCACUAUGAUCUGCGAGGACCAGAUGGUUUGUGUUGUAAGCUGACCAUACCAGUAAAAAAACAGGGCAAGCUUGCAAUGGCGGUAGACCAGAAACAAUUCAAGGCCUCAGGGUGGGCCAUUAAACUGAAAGAGAUCACACUGGGGGACACCAUUGGUAAAGGAGAAUAUGGAGAUGUGUAUAAAGGUGAGUUCCGUGGUCAGAAGGUUGCAGUCAAAGCCAUGAAAGACUCCACUAAAGCUGCCCAGCAGUUCCUGGCAGAGGCCUCACUCAUGACGUCCCUUAAACACCCCAACCUGGUGCAGUUAUUAGGAGUAGUUCUUGGAGAGAAUGCCAGUGAUACCAUAUAUAUUGUGACAGAAUUCAUGAGUAAAGGAAGCUUAGUUGAAUACCUACGUACCAGAGGAAGACAAGUCAUAACAAAACAGAACCAGAUCAACUUUGCGUGCGAUACCUGUGCAGGCAUGGCGUACCUAGAUGAGAAAAAUUUAGUCCACCGAGAUUUAGCAGCGAGAAAUGUAUUGAUAUCUGAGGACGAUAGAGCUAAGAUCUCAGAUUUUGGACUUGCAAGAUAUGAAGACACUAACCAAGAAGGGGGCAGGUUCCCUAUAAAGUGGACUUCACCAGAAGCUCUGAGAGACAGUAAAUUCACCAGUAAGUCUGAUAUGUGGAGCUUUGGAAUAUUACUAUGGGAAAUCUAUUCAUUUGGAAGAGUGCCUUAUCCACGUAUACCUUUAGCAAAUGUAGUUCAGCAUGUUGAAAGAGGAUACCGGAUGGAAUCGCCCGACGGAUGUCCAAAAGAGGUUUAUGAUAUCAUGAGAAAGGCAUGGGAACUCGAUCCAAGAAAUAGACCAACAUUCGCUCAGACUCUUCCACUUUUAGAUAGAAUUAGAAAAAAUGCUGGAACUUAAAUAGAUUAUCCUGAUGUACAUGUGAAUUGCCCUUUAUUGGAUAGCUGAGUGUGAAAAAGAUCUAGGAAAGCACUGUUGCUCACUAUUUAAUGGGAAUAUAAAAUCAAAUGUAUAUAUAUAGGAGACCACUGUUGCUCACUGCAUUGUUGUCAUAGUAUUAAAAGAUCUCUGUAGAGGGGAUUACAAUAUUGCAAUAUUGCAGACAAUAGUCAUGGCAAAAAUAAUGUCAUACAAAUCAUGUCAUGGCAAAAAUACAUAAUUUUCUCUUCAUUCUCGAAAUGCAUGGACUGCUGUUCAUUCUUCGCAGUUCACCCCUGCUGAUGGCAAAUCCAGGUGUUUUUCAAUAAAUUGACAAAAGUGACACACAUGGAUCACUUUUGAUAUAUCUCACGAAAUUUAUGAUUCCUAUGGGGAAUGCACAAUUACUAAUAUAUCAGACAGUUGACUAACAUGGUACUUUUAAUGUUACAAAAAUAUUUGAUUUACUAACCGCAGAGGGCAUGCUGAAAGAGGAAUUCACACCAUUGGAGAAUGAUAACCUAUGAGAAAG